GAUGGGGAACAUCACGGCAGACAACACGUCUGAGAGCUGCACCAUCGACCACACCAUCCACCAGACCCUGGCCCCGGUGGUGUAUGUGGCGGUGCUGGCGCUGGGCCUCCCGGCCAACUGCCUGUCGCUGUACUUUGGCUACCUGCAGGUGCGCGCCCGCAACGAGCUGGGUGUGUACCUGUGCAGCCUCACGCUGGCUGACCUCCUCUACAUCAGCUCGUUGCCGCUCUGGCUGCAGUACGUGCUGCAGCACGACCACUGGGCCCACGGCGACCUGUCCUGCCAGCUGAGCGGCAUCCUGCUCUACGAGAACAUCUAUAUCAGCGUGGGCUUCCUGUGCUGCAUCUCCGUGGACCGCUACCUGGCCGUGGCCCACCCCUUUCGCUUCCACCAGUUCCGGACGCUCAAGGCGGCUGCGACCGUAAGCGCCAUCGUCUGGGUCAAGGAGCUGCUGGCCAGCGUGUACUUCCUGCUGCACCAGGGGGUGGUGGAGGACCAGGACCGGCAUCGCGUGUGCUUCGAGCACUACCCACUGGCAGCCUGGCAGCGCGGCAUCAACUACUACCGCUUCCUGGUGGGCUUCCUCUUCCCCCUGGGCCUGCUGCUGGCGGCCUACCAGGGCGUCCUGCGCGCCGUGCGCCGCAGCCACGGGACUCAGCAGGGCCGCAAGGCGCAGGUGCAGCGGCUGGUGCUCAGCACCGUGCUCAUCUUCCUGGCCUGCUUCCUACCCUACCACGUACUGCUGCUCGUGCGCAGCAUCUGGGAGGCCAGUUGCGAAUUUGCAAGCCGUAUCUUCAAUGCCUACCACUUCUCGCUGCUGCUCACCAGCCUCAACUGCGUGGCCGACCCCGUGCUCUACUGCUUUGUCAGCGAGACCACCCACCGGGACCUGGCCCGCCUCCGCGGGGCCUGCCGGACCCUCUUGGCCUGCUCCAGGGCCGGGGCUGGGGAUGCCCGCACGCCAGGCGCCUCUGAGGCCUCCAGGAAGAGCGGGACCCAGGGUGAGGAGCCUGAGCUGCUGGCUAGGCUUCACGCGGCCCUCCCCGCCCCUGAUGCACCAGCAGGGGGAGGGUCCCCCAUGGGGGCACCCCACGAGGCCUGA